UCAACCUGUCAUUCAUUAGGUAUAUUUAAACAAACAAACAAAUAAAUAAAAGUUUAAAUUUGCAUAGUCACAAUUAUUAAACUCCAAUUAUGAGUUUAAUAAACAAUUAUCAAAUUGAUAAAAUGGAUUAUGAUGAUUCUGUUGAAACAAAAACAGAUUUAAUAAAUAUACUUGAUGAUGAUAGUUUAUCAAUAAUAUUUUCGUAUCUUCAACCGCUUGAACUUGUUGAAAUAAAAGAAGUUAGUCAACGAUGGAAUUAUCUGGCAGACUUAGCUUGGAUUUAUAUCAAAAAAUUUGAAUAUACUAAUCAAAUUUUUGGCUAUGAAAAUAACUGGCGAUUGAUAAAUUUUAAUCAAUUAAAAAAUGUCAUUUUAAAUUGUGGUCGUUAUUUAACACAUUUAACAUUAAAAAAUUUAUGUGGAUCUGAAAUUGUACCAUUGAUACGUGAUCAUUGUCACAAUCUCGUUAGACUUGAAUUAGUUUUACUUCUAAUGAUUAAUAGAGAUGAUUUUAAAUUUGCAUUUACUAAAAUGAAUCAACUAAAUUACAUAUCAAUUAGUAUGGAUCCAGUAUAUCAUUGGAAUGAUGAAUGUUUGUAUGGAGCUAUUUUAUCAACUCUUCAUUCAUCUAUCAAUGAAAUUCAUUUCCCAUCAAUAUGUGAUUCUCGUGAAAAUAAGCCAAGUAUAAGAUAUUGCAAUUCUAAGUCCUUUGUACCCUGGAUGAAAAAAUUUGAUAAUCUUCAAGCAUUGACAUUGCAUUAUCAAGCAAUGGAUGAGCAUGAUAUGUCAACAAUAUUAAAUUUUAAAACAUUAUUACAUUUGUCAUUGAGCAAUUCAAAAAUUGAAGAUUAUUGUUUGAUAGGUUUAUCUAAUUUAAUUAAUUUAGAAUAUUUAGAUUUAUCAUAUGUGGAUGAGGUUGAUAAUUAUGUAGUUUGGAAAAUUGCUGAUAAUUGUUGUAAAUUAAAAUAUUUGAAUUUAAAAAAGUGCUCAUCUGUUACUGGAAAAUCUAUAAACAAAUUAACAAAACUCAUAGAUUUGGAACAUUUAAUUGUUGAAAAGUUAUCUCUUUGA